AGCAGACGUCCAUAUAAGCGGUGGUCCUGGCGAACGAAAAUCAAAAUUUUGCUCUGGUGUUUUUGCGCGUUUGCCGCUUUUGUAGGCGUCUUUUGUGAAUGUUAAGUGCGACUUUUCGAAAUUCGAAAAUUUAAACGUAAAUGUGUUGAAUAGCAACAAAACGGUUUCAGGCAAAUUAACGGUUGUGCGGCAGCUUUGGUGCAAGAAAAAAGUAUUUUACAAUACAUUGUGUUAAAAAAGAUUACGUCAAAAAGACUCAGUUCACAAAACAGCUCAAACGGCAGGAAGUUAAAAAACAAAAACAUUAAAAAUAAAUAAAAUUAAAACAAUUACUAUAUACUAAAAAUUACGCCCACCUUAUAGCGUCUUAAUUAAUAAAGUUUCCACUAAAAAUAAAAUAAUAAAAAGUUUUUACAAUUCAAAUAUAUUAAAAUACUGACAGCAGAAGUUCAAAAUUAAAAUCACACACGCGCAGCGUAGCUUACAAAAAACCACAGUUAUAACCGCAGCGCAGUAAAUGAAAAAGAAAAUAUAACAGCAGCUAUUAAAGCAACAACUACAUAAACGACAAAAACAAGAGCAAUAAAGCCAGUACUUCAGCAGCUUCAGCCAACGAAACAUACACAUAUACCAACUACUACAGCCAUAACUUCCAAACAGGCAUCCUAACAACAACAAGUAAGAUAACAUUAAAAGGACUCCCAAAAGACACAGAAAAUGGGCUGCAAUACCAGUCAGGAGCUGAAAACAAAAGACGGCAACGCUGGCGACGCUAAUGGUGAGGGUGAGCUCAUCGCCAUAGCCGCAACCAGUAAUGGUGAUGUUGGUGUGAACGCUGGGGAGCAGAAUGGCAAUUUGGUGGAGCAGCAAAAAGCCGCCGGCGGUGGCGGUGGUGGUGGUGGUGUUGACGUCAAACAAACUAGAUUGACAGCAUCCGCAGCUUCUGCAGCUUCUGCCGUCUCAGCCUCAUCCGCAGUCUCCGCAGUUUCGGCAGCUUCGGCAGCCUCGGCGGCCUCGGCGGCUACGGCGACGUCAAACAAUCUUACAAAUCACUCGAAAUCAAAUUCAAUUAUAAGCAACGGUGAUGCUAACAAGCGCUCCUCCAGAGAUGAGGGCGAUGGUGGCAUACUCGAGAAGGCGCUGGCAACUGUGAAACAGCAAUGCGAUAAGGCGGAAAUAGUCGAGUUCAACGAUAUGGGUGAAUUGGGCGAAAUCGGUGAAAUGGGUGAGGAUGAAGAUAUCGAGGUGACAUAUCGCAUACCACCUGGCCAUCAUCAUCAUGGCAGCAAGAAGAUACAACGAAAUCCGCUCAGAAAUCUGGAUCUCGAUUUUAAAUUCGAUGUUAAUUCGUUUUAGCUACCUAUCACCAAAGCAACUACAC